AUGGGCCCCGAAAGGCAUCUCUAUAGCAGCGUGCCAGCGUCGUUACGCAUGAAACUCCCCUCCUGGGCGCAUGCGCCUCACAUCUCGCCAGAGCAUAAGCUCUUGGUGUGCCACGAGACGAGCCAGACUGACGCCUCUCGAGGUUCACUCGGCUGGGGCUUCCAGACAGCGUGCUGGCAGUACUCGCUACGCAACAUGCUUUUCCACCUCUUCACCCUGUCGUUCACGCCGACGAGCGUGCCAACAAUCACUAUCGCACCCGGCGUCAAAAUGCCGCUCGCGGGAGUCGGCACGUGGCAGUACAACGCGACGGUCGCAGAGAGAGUAGUGGCAGAGGCCCUUGGCCUGGGCUAUCGGCACGUCGAUACGGCACUGAAUUACCACAAUCAGGAUGGCGUUGGCCGAGCCAUCGCCGCCGCCAUCGACGGCAGCCGCCUCACGCGCCGCGACCUCUUCUUGGUUUCCAAGAUCCCAGGCGGCCUCAACCACUCAGCUGCUUCGGCCGCGCUCGAGACCUCCCUCGCGCAGCUCUUUCCCAAAGCUACGGGAGCGUACGUCGACCUCAUGCUGGUUCACUUUCCUGCGACAUGGGCCGGGGCGGGCGGCAAGGCGGCGCGGCAGGAGGAGUGGAGCGCGCUGGAGGCGUUCGUGAAAGAGGGCAAGGCUCGCGCGAUCGGCGUGUCCCACUACUGCCGCCGCCACCUCGACGACAUUCUCGAGAUUGCGACGAUCCGCCCCGCCGUCAACCAAGUCCAGUACCACGUGGGGAUGGGUGCGGCCGGCCCGCUCGCCGACGACGACAUGGCCUACAUGCGCAGCAAAGGUGUCACGUUCGAAGGCUUCUCGCCGCUCUGCGGCCCCUGCGGAGGCGCAAACGCGACCGAGCUGAUCUCGGGCGCGCUGGUCAGCAGGAUCGGCCGCAAGCACGGCAAGAGCGGAGCGCAGGUUGCCCUCCGCUGGCAGGUGCAGCAAGGCAUCCCCGUCAUCCCAAAGAGCAAGGACCUGGCGCACCUCCGCGAAAAUAUCGACCUCUUUUCGUGGGCUCUCGACGCGGACGACAUGGCAGCACUCUCUGCCGCGACCAAGCCGGCCGUGUCGGGCGCCACCAGUCCGGGCGGAGAGCCGGUCAGCGGCGAUUGCAGUGUCGCAUAGCCGAGCCCGCGCGCGCGCCUCGAUCGUUCGGCGAGAGCAGCGGAGACGCUGCGCCCCGCGGAGCGGGCCCCGAGCCCGACCACUGCUCGACCAGCCUCGAGGCCAGAGACGCCACUGUACGCUCUCUCACACAGAGGACGACUCUGGGCUUGGAGUACGGUAGAGAGGUGUAGGAAAAAUAACACAUGUCGCUCUUCAUUCUAGAGGGAGAAGGUAAUGC